UAGAGUGAGCGCUGGUCGCAGAGCAGCGUCCACUCUGAGCUCCCCUUCUCCCAUCGUGUGGCUUUCAUUCUCAGCUCUGGGAUUUCUGCACACCAACCCACAAACACCCCUCUCUCGUCAUGCCCACCCCCAUGUUACUCUCUCCCAUGGUUCUCUGAUAUCACAAUCGACGGAGCACUUUUACACUGAAGCCAGCCAUCUGCUGCCGACGCUGCCUGGUGUUUCAGGAUGGACACACUGCCGGUCUUCACCACGGGGAGCGAAGCCACAGGGGACACCAUAGAAGUGGUGGGCUUCAGCAAGCCCCUGCACCGCUUCAUGAGGGCGGAUCCCAAAAGCAUCGGGGUUGCCAUGGUGAUCCUGGGAAGCUCGCUGCUCAUAACUGGAAUAGCAAUGAUGCCCGACAUCAUGGGGAACAACCCGGCGUACAGGGGGCUGUGGCUCGGGACUGUGUUCGUAUUCUGUGGUAUUCUUUACGUUCUGUCUGGGAGCCGCCCGUCAAAGAAGCUGAUUUGCGCACAGGACAUAGCAUCAGGACAUGGCAUCAGGACAUGGCAUCAGGACGUGGCAUCAGGACAUGGCAUCAGGACAUGGCAUCAGGACAUAGCAUCAGGACAUGGCAUCAGGAUGUGGCAUCAGGAUAUGGCAUCAGGACAUGGCAUCAGGACAUGGCAUCAGGACAUAGCAUCAGGACAUGGCAUCAGGAUAUGGCAUCAGGACAUGGCAUCAGGACAUGGCAUCAGGACAUGGCAUCAGGACGUGGCAUCAGGACAUGGCAUCAGGACGCGGCAUCGGGACGUGGCAUCGGGACACGGCAUCGGGACACGGCAUCGGGACACGGCAUCGGGACAUAGCAUCAGGACAUGGCAUCAGGACACGGCAUCAGGACGUGGCAUCAGGACAUGGCAUCAGGACGCGGCAUCAGGACGUGGCAUCGGGACACGGCAUCGGGACACGGCAUCGGGACACGGCAUCGGGACACAGCAUCGGGACACGGCAUCGGGACAUGGCAUCGGGACAUAGCAUCAGGACAUGGCAUCAGGACACGGCAUCAGGACGUGGCAUCAGGACACGGCAUCAGGACGUGGCAUCAGGACAUGGCAUCAGGACACGGCAUCAGGACGUGGCAUCGGGACACGGCAUCGGGACACGGCAUCGGGACACGGCAUCGGGACAUGGCAUCGGGACAUAGCAUCGGGACAUGGCAUCGGGACAUGGCAUCGGGACAUAGCAUCAGGACAUGGCAUCAGGACAUGGCAUCAGGACGUGGCAUCAGGACACGGCAUCAGGACACGGCAUCAGGACAUAGAAUACUCCGAGACUGUGUUUUGCCUUGGCUCCUUUGUAAACUGUGCACGCUCAAAGCUCUUGGUACCUAUUUCCACACGUUCUGGGAAUGCCCAUCUGCGGUCUCUUUCUCUCUUACCAGUGUAAGGUGUGACUGUCCCCUGUUCUUCUCAGUCACUGUUACUCUUGCAUUUUUCUACCCUUUCUUUCUCCAGUUUUCAGCAACAGGCGAUUUCUUCACAUCAAGGGGAGCAUAUUGCUUACUGUGUCUCGCUAAUUUCUGCUCCAUUUUUUUUGUGUGUUUGUUUAGUUUCCUUUUUAUCCUGCUCAAAAUGCCACCAACAUGGUGAACUUUUGGUUGUUUUUUGGUUUGGUUUGUUUGACUAUGUUUUGAUGCAACACAUCUUGUACAUUUUGCUCAAUUUUAUUCAACAGAAAAUUAUUACAAAUAUUAAAAAAUAUUAAAUCAAGCGCCUAGCCACGCAAUCAAGUUCCCAAACAUUUGUGAAAGAAUGGGUCAUUCUGAAGAGCUCAGUGGAUUCAAGUGAAAUUUCUUUCCUGCCUGAUAUUCCACGGUCAACUGGAAAGGGUUUUAUUGCAAAGCUGAAGCAUUUUGGUACAACAGAAAGGCAGCCACAAACUGUCAGGUCAUGUAAAGAAACAAAUCAGGGUUGCUGAGUGCUGAAGUGCAUAGUGUGUAAAAGUCACUAACACUCUGUUGACUCAAUAACUGCAGAGUUCCAAACUUCCUUUGGCAUUAACCCCAGCACACAAACUGUAGCCAGGGAGCUUGGAAUAGGCUUCCUUGGCCAAGUAGCUGCAUGCAAACCUCACAUCACCAAGUGCAACAUUUGCUAAACGUCAGAUGGAGUGGUGUAAAGCACGCCACCACUGGACUCUGAAGGAGUGGAAACAGUCUGACAGUCUGAUGGACGAGUCUGGGUUUGGCAGAUGCUAGGAGAACAUUACUUGCUUGACUGCAUUAUACCAAUUGUAAAGUUUGGUGAAGGAGGGAUUAUGUUGUGGGGUUGUUUGUCAGGGGCUGUGCUGGCCCCCUUAGUUCCAGUGAAAGGAACUUGUAAUGCUUCAACAUACCAACACCAUUUUGGUGCUUUCAAAUUUGUGGGGGGUAGUUUGGGGAUGGCGGGGCGGCAUGGUGGUGCAGUGGUUAGCACUGUUGCCUCACACCUCUGGGACCCGGUUUCGAGUCUCCGCCUGGGUCACAUGUGUGUGGAGUUUGCAUGUUCUCCCCAUGUCGUCGUGGGGUUUCCUCCGGGUACUCCGGUUUCCCCCCACAGUCCAAAAACAUGCUGAGGCUAAUAGGACUUGCUAAAUUGCCCGUAGGAAUUCAUGUGAGAGUGAAUGGUGUGUGAGUGUGCCCUGUGAUGGGCUGGCCCCCCAUCCUGGGUUGUUCCCAGCCUCGUGCCCAUUGCUUCCGGGAUGGGCUCCGGACCCCCCGUGACCCAGUAGCAUAAGCGGUUUGGAAAAUGGAUGGAUGGAUAGUUUGGGGAUGGCCCUUUUCUGUUCCAGCAUGGCUGUACCCCACUGUACAAAACAAGGACUAUGAAGACACAUAGGCUGAGUCUGGUGUGGAAGAACUUGACUGGCCUGAACAGAACCCUGACCUCAACCCUAUCAAACACCUUUGGGAUAAACUAGAAAGUAAAUUGCGAGCCAGGCCUUGCAACAUCAUUACCUGACCUUAAAAAUGCUCUUAUGCAUGAAGAACCGAAAUAUCCAGAUAACUAUUUCAAUGAUUAGAUGAUCUGGGAUGAGUCCUAUGAUCUUAGAUGUUUUAAUCCUUAUGCGUAGAUUACCCCCAGAUGACUCACUCAACAUGUUUACAUGACAUUAUAAAAAUCCAGAGGUGGAAAUUUCAGACCCAGAAACUACAAAUC